CUGUGGAGGCAGGCUACACCGGACGGGAGAGAAUCCGGAGAUAGGCUACGCCCGUCCGAAAUACAGAAGACGUUGUUGACAGAUGUCUCGGCCCGAACAAGGUUCAAGAAGGAGAAGCUCGACAGCAGCUUCAUCGCCGGUACCAUCUUCACCGGCGGGUUGAAUUCCGUGACCAGGGGCCACGUCAUUGACUUCUCUGCACCGGAGAAUCAGCAUCUACAGACGUCGAAAUCCGGGCUGGUCUGCUGGAUGAGGGGAUGCGACGAGAUUUGUCAAGACUGUUACUUGGACUGCGUGGGUUCUAAUGGCGGCGGGAAUUGCCCUGGGUGUAAAGAGCCUUACAAGGAUCUUGACCGAUACGAGGAGAAAGAUUACGACGAAUUCGACGAAGAAGAUAGAGGAGGAAGAUCAAGCUCUACCUCUGCCCAAAUUGGACAAAAGGCUUUCAUUGGUGAAGUCUAUGAAGCGUAUGAGCCACCCGCCUGA